ACAGUGGGGAUCAAGAAAAAAUCUAAGGUCCCUGGGGUGAUGAUUACACAGUUUACCGAGACACUGCCAGAGGGAAAGAGCCACCCAGACUUCACCCGCAAGCCGAUUGCUUUGACCAUCCAAGAGGGCAAAUUUGCUUUUUUCAAAGCCAUUGUCACUGGAGACCCACAGCCAACUGUAACAUGGAGCAGAAAUAAUGGAGAUGUGUCUGAUACAUCAAGAUACCAGACUAAAUUCGAUCCUGCUUCCAAUGAGCAUACAUUUGAGAUGCCAAAUGUUAUGCCAGAUCAAGCCGAUACCUAUAAAUGCUUUGCCACAAAUGAAUAUGGACAAGCCAUGGUCACAGUUGUUCUGAAUGUUAUUGAAGUUGGUUUCAAAAAGAACAAAGCCCAGCAACAAGCAGCUGAAGCUUGCAAUAAGAAUUUUAAAACUGUACUAAAAAGGAGAAGUAAAGUCCUUCCGAAAUCUGAGCAACCUGAGAAAAAAGAUGGAGAGAUCGAUCCUAAAUUUUGGGAGCUCUUGCUUAGUGCUGACAAGAAAGACUAUGAGGCAAUCUGUGCAGAGUUUGGAGUGACUGACUUUCGCUGGAUGCUCAAGAAACUUAAUGAAAUGAAGAAAGAAAGGGAGGAAGAACAAGCUCAGUUCGUCAAAAGCCUUUCUAACCUGAGACCUAUUCAGGUCAAUGCAGAUGGUUCUGCAUCCUUUGAGCUUGACAUGGACCUUAUUGACCCAAGCAGCUCCAUAUUCCUGUACAAGGAUGGUGAAAUGGUUCCGUAUACAAAGGAGUUGGGAGAUAAGUUAAAGCACAGCCUCAAACAAGUGGGGAAAAAGUAUAUUUUCAGUAUCAGGGAUCUUAUGCCAGAUGACGCUGGACUGUAUCAGUUGGAUGUAGAGGAUGUGAAUAUGUUUUCCACUGAUUUUAAAAUCCCCAUGGUGGAUUUCUUGGUGAAAAUUCAGGAAGUUAAGGCAAUCGAGAGAGAAGAUGCUGUCUUUGAGUGUGUCCUGUCAAAUCCCUUCUCCAAGAUUUUGUGGUUUGGCAAGAAUUUGCCACUGGAACAAGGGGAUAAAUAUGAUAUCCAGGUUUCAGAAGACAAGCUCAUUCACAGACUGGUAGUCAAAGACUGUAUGAUAGUAGACAAAGGAAUUUAUUCUGCCUGUGCAGGAAUAAAAUCUUGCAAUGCAUGGCUUGUUGUUGAAGCCGAUAAAGAUGCGCAAAAGGGGAAAAAAUCAGCAAGGAAAACAACAAGGGCAGGAGGAUCUGGGAUGGAUUUGCAGAAGAUUGCCCAGGAGCAACAAGUAAAACUAGAAAAGGAGAGAGAGGAAAGGAAAGAACAAAUUAAAGCUGCAAAAGAAGCUGUGGCAGCUGCACCCCCACCUCAUGCACCCACUAAAGCUGCAGCUGUGGCUGAACCUAAAGAACCGAAACAUCCUGAACCAAGAAUGGAAAAAAGCCCCGAUCCACCGGUUGUGGAGGAAGUAAGAACUGAGGCUGGAAUUACCUGUGGACUCUCUGAUAUGUACGCUCUUCGUGGAAAGCCAGCUGAAUUAACUGUGAAGAUGAACAUGGACAGCGAUGGCACCUGGUUCAAAGAUGGAGCGCAGUUAAGCUCGGGUGCUGGGGUCAACAUAACCAAAGAUGGAAACUCUCACAAGCUGACAAUUCAAAGCUGCAGAGAUGACGACUCUGGAGUUUAUCGUUUUGAAUCAGGGGAUCAUAGUACACAAGGAAAGGUCACUGUUGGAGAUGUACCUGAAUUUGACCCAGACGACCUUCACAAGUUCUCCAAACCUGUGAUCAUAAGAGUGGGCCAGAAUGCUACUUUCAAGAUGCCUUUUCCUCCUCAGGAGUCUUUGGUGGUCAGUUGGUUUAAGGAUGGCACUGAGGUCAAAGACGGGGGAGGAGUUAAGACUGUGAGGGAACCCAAUCACAGUCGGCUGCUGCUCAAAGACUGCCUGCGGACAGACGCAGGGGAAAUAAAGAUCCAACUCAAAAACCCAUUUGGGGCUGUGGAGGCCACGUCUCAGCUUAUUGUACUUGAUCGACCUGGUCCACCGGAUGGUCCAGUGGAGAUUGUUGAAUCCACCUCAUCUUUAAUUGAGAUUAAAUGGAACCCACCCAAAGACGACGGUGGCUCGGCUGUCACAAACUAUAUUAUAGAACGGCAACAGGCAGGACAGAGUCUGUGGAAGAAGCUUGGGGAUGUCUCAGCUGACAAGACCUCCUUCAGAGACAGGAAUGUGACUCAUGGAAAGAAAUACAACUACCGCAUCUACGCCGAAAACCCUGAGGGCCUCAGUGACACCCUGGAGACAGCUGAUAGCAUUAUGGCUGGCAUAAUGAUACUCUCAGGUCCACCUGGUGCCCCCAAAGUGGUGAGUGCCUCUAAGACCUGCAUCAAAUUGACCUGGACCCCUCCAGAGGAUGACAGAGGAGUCCCGAUCAUUGGUUACCAAGUAGAGAAACGAAAGAAGGACACCAAUCAGUGGAUUGCCCUGAAUGGACUUAAUGAACCUAUUGAAGGUGUGAACUACGCAGUUAAAGAUAUUACUGAGGGAGCAGAGUAUGAGUUCAGGGUUUCAGCAAUCAAUGAGUCAGGAUCAGGAGAUCCAAGCCCUCCCUCUGAAAUGGUGUGGGCAAAGAAUCCCAACAUGAGACCUUGUUUUAAAGACCCAGAGGACUUCAUUGUUAUCAGAGCAGGAAAUUCUGUACGGGUCAAAAUUUGCUAUGAGGCUGAACCUCCACCUCAGAUCACUUGGCUGAAGGAUGAUGAGCCAAUAUCCCCGUGGAUUAAUAUCAUCAAUACAGAGGGAAUGUCUCAGCUUGUUAUUCCCUCAUCGAAGCGCUCAGAUUCAGCCAUUUACACUAUCAAAGCCAAAAACUCUGUGGGUGAGGCUUCAUUUGACAUUGAUGUUAGAGUCACAGAUGAACCCAAGACUCCAGGGCCAGUGGAGCUGGAGCAAACAGUUCACGGCAAAGUGGUGGUAUCAUGGGCUCCCUCUCCAGACCAGGAGCUUGAUGACCGCCUGUGCUACAUGGUGUCUCAACACAACUCCAACAGCAGAGUGUGGAAGACCGUAGCAGACCGCCUCUUCGCUAACACAUUCACAGCCAACAACAUCCUUCCUGGGAUAGAAUACCAUUUCCGGAUCUAUGCCAAGAAUGAUAUGGGCCUCUCAGAUCCAUCUCAGUCACCUACUUGGGGCACCAACAGCAAUAGAGUUCCAAUAACCUCAAAUGGAGUUAUUUCAAAUGAGGUCUGCUUUGAGAGGCCUCCAUCCAUCUUGGUCCCUCUGAAAGUCCACACACCACCUAAAGGUUACCAGCUCUACAUGACAUGUGCUGUCCGAGGAUGCCCUAUACCCACUGUAUCCUGGUACCUGAACGACGUCUGCAUCAACUCAGACAGCAACUAUUACAUCACCAACUCAUUUGGUGUGUGCUCCAUGUACAUUCUUAGAGUGCGAACAAAGGACAGCGGUGAUUACAAAGUUGUUGCAGUCAACUCUCUUGGCAAAGCAGAGUGUUCUACUAAACUUAUUGUUAGAGAUUAAAAUGGCAUGAAAGCUUCAUGGGGCUUUUCUUUUCACUGGAAAAUAAGUGGAAGAUUUUGUUUUAAAGCACACUGCAUUGAAAGUGUGUGAUACUAUUAUGUAAAGUGCUGGUAAACCAUCUAAAAUGGUCUAAAUAUUAACUAAUUUAAUUUACUUGAAAUGUGACUGAUUUACAAUUGUCCCCCUGUCAUCAGAAAUAAUAUCUAUUCAGCACGAGUGAAGUGACAAACUAUAGUACAAAGACAUCCGUCAAAAUGUCAAGCUCUUGUAACAGCUGCAAUAAAUCAACUAACUGACAA